UCAUGAGGUCAUGUUUUGUUCGCAUCCGUGUGGCUGCAGUUAAGUUGCUAACAAGCUUAUACACCCUUCGAGCUGGUCGGUUGAAAAUUCUUAAGAUUUAACCAGCGCAAGGGAAAAAUAAGAUCUUUAGAAUAAUAGAAGAAUAUCAGAAUAAUGAAUUGGAAACUUGUCAAGUAAGUGUUUUGUGGGAGACGCAGCAUGGGCGGUUAGCUAAGGAUGGACACUUUGACAGUUCCAGAGGGGAGCCACCCACUUACGAUGUCUGAAUAUAAGAGCCCAGCACCGCAGCAGCAACAGCAGACCGGACUCGAGGGGGGUUCGGCUGGUGUUGCCGGGACCAGAAGAAGGUCGGGCAGUUCGAGACCGGGCACCAUGGGGGCUGUAUCAUCACCAGUCCUGCACUGGAUGCACGAUGUGGCAUCUGUGACUCUCCUCAAAGCAAGACGGACUUUACUGCAGGCUGGUAUCCUGUUUUGUGUCCUGGUACUCCUGCUCUGGGUGUCUAUUUUUCUCUAUGGAAGCUUCUAUUACUCCUACAUGCCCACUGUGAGCUUCUCCACCCCUGUGCACUUCUACUACACCUCCAAUUGUGACUCCUCAGAAUCGGCACUUUGCUCAUUCCCUACAGCCAACAUCUCUUUCAUGAAGAAUGAGAAGGACCAGGUGAUGGCUGUCGGGCAGCCCUAUCGAAUAUCUUUGGAGCUAGAGAUGCCAGAGUCUCCAGUGAACGAACAGCUGGGCAUGUUUAUGGUGAAACUGUCUUGCUAUACUAAAGGUGGACAGAUUGUGUCAUCUGUGGGACGAUCUACAAUGCUCCAUUACCGCUCCAGCCUUCUGCAGACCAUGUCUACUUUGCUGUUUUCUCCUCUUCUCCUGACCGGUAUGGCUGAGCAAAAGCAGCUAAUCGAAGUGGAGCUCAUCUCAGACUACAAGGCAAAUGCUUACCAACCCACUGUUGGUGCAGUCAUUGAGAUCCACUCCAAACGAGUUCAGAUCUACUCAUCUCAGCUUCGUAUACAUGCUUACUUCACGGGUAUACGUUAUGUUCUGUACAACUUCCCCAUCACAUCUGCAGUGAUUGGUGUGGCCACCAACUUUGCCUUCCUCAGUGUCAUUGUGCUGUUCAGCUACCUGCAGUUUGUCUGGGGUGGGCUCUGGCCUCCAGAUCAAGUAAGAGUAAGGGUUAUGAUGGGAGACAACACUCGCAUCCAGCAAAGAAAAGAAGAGGUCCGUAAGCGCAUGGAGAGGGAAAACUCACAGAAGGAACUGGAUUCUCCUAAAGUGAUUGGUUCAAUGAAUGAAGCAUCUGACUUAAAAGGAAAUGACACAGGUUCAGAGAAGUUGUCAAAGAAGCCCUCAGAGAUCCAAGAUGCCCCAGGGUCUGAUGUGCCACACACCACAAACGAAGAGUCUCAUGACUCUAAGAUGUCUGAGAAACGAAACAGCUCAGAUGUGUUGGAUGGAUCCUCACUACCUCCAGAGAGUGAGAUGGAGCUCCGACAGAGACCCAGACCAUGGAUGAGUCUGUGAACCAUCGCUCUGCACACAGUUAGAUACCUAGUGUAUGUAGUCAGUGGAAAGUGAUGGAUAAAAGAGUAGUUUCAAGCAAAAAUGCAAGUGCAUGAGCAUAUCUUAUGUUAUUUAAGCUAACUAACAACAGCUUUUUGUCUUGUUGAUAACAUUUUACCUCAGUAUUUCUUUGACCUAAGAUAAUUUCUGUUCUGCUCAUUGUUACUCAGUGGAUAAAAGCACUUUUACACUUGUUCCUUUUGUGCCACCUGUGUUUGGAUGGUGCCCAUAGUAGGAGGUUCUGCAUUCCAGUUGUGGCUUGUUUUAUACUGUUGCCCCCAGGAAUGUGACUGUCAGGUGUUUGCUAACAAUGUAACACACCCAUUUAAGUCAGCAGAACCUGCUUAUGUUUCGAUUCUCUCGCAUCAGUAAUGGUAUUUUCAUGCAUUCAGGCGUCGAAACUCCUGAUUAUAUGUUCAAAUGUGGGAAGACUUGAUUCAUUUUGAAUGUAGUUUCCUUGAAUGCAGCAAUGGUAGCUGUUUUGCAAAACACUUUGGGAAUUUCCAUAAGUUUCACACACUUUAAGAGGAUUCACUCGAACAUGCCUUGUGAUAUGUUUUCACAGAAGGUUUCUGGGAGCAAUUAGAUUUGGGAUAUUUGUCCUACAAAGUGUCUUUUAAUUAUUUCCUUGGAAAAGUGCAAUGUGGGUCCAGCCUGAGGGAUGUAAUGCAUCUGUUGCAUUUAUUGGUCUUUUCAUUUUGCAAAAAGUGAUGUUCUGUUUUAGUGUAAUCAGUGAUUUAACAGUCACAGUUCAUUUGUAAUAGGAUUCAACAUUAUUACAAAGCUGUUAUUCAUUCCUUCACAUUUUUACAUUCAGCUUCUGUUACAGUUUGUACUCUUUAAUUCAAGUUUCUGAAAAAUGGUAUUUACCGAGUUCAUCCCAGCAGGGCAGAUGUAUUUUAGAUGGGUCUUAAUAUAUUCUUAUUUUAACAUUAAGGAACAUUUAAAAGGAGGUCAAGUGAAGUCACUGUUUUGAACUUUUGUGUUGGAGAUAAUGAAGAGGAGAUAGAAAUGAUUCAUCACAUGGACUUGUCUCCAUGUAUUUAAUCUGACAAGCCAAGGGUUAAAGAAAGUUUAUGGAAGUGUUUGCCGAUAUAUGUUUGUUUACCAAAGAGAGUAAAAUACAACACCCCUCUUAUGUGCUACCUUAUCGUCUUGCAGAAUAUCUUGUAUGCAUCAUAACAUGAAAACUUACUGUGUUAAAAACCAAAACUAAUAAACUGAACACUGCAGUGCUCUU